AUGUCGAACGCGGCAUCCCACGAAGAAGCGUCCAAGGCUCACUUGCCUAUCCAAUGGCGCGAUCAAUGCGGCGGGUGAGUUCGGCCAUUCAGGCAUGUGCUUCGAGAAUAAGUGGUGCUUUGGGAUCGGUUCGAGCACCAUCAUCUGACCAUGUAUGCUUCUUUUGCCUAUGCUCGGCUCCAUCAUCGCGAUGCCCCGCCCCCGACACUCAGCUUGCUCAUCUCCCUGAACAAGUGCAGGAGAAAGGAGAGCUACUUGCCCUGGAAGUGCGAGCAUGAAAAGUGAGCAGCUUGGCCUGUGUCAAGAUGGCGAUUUGCGUAGCUCUGGAUAGCCUUUGCACGAGUGGCGUGCGGUUCGCUCCAGCGGCUGGACAGAAGAGGCCGAUGUUCAGCGCGAUCAAAUCACGCGAGUAGCUCGAAGCUUACGUGGUACAACAACCCUUGUCCCACUCUAGGCACACCUACGAGGCAUGCCAAUACGACGAGUGAGUGCUGCACAGCGUCCGUACGGCCUUCUUACUAGCAGCGAUCCAGUUCUUACAUUCUCGCCCUCACGCGCUCGCAGUUUCAUUCGUCGUCAAAAGCUCCUGUCCAAGCAAGUGCUAGCGAAGAGGGACGAAGCUGCCAUCUGA